AUGGCAGCAGCCUCAGUACUAGGAGCCCCAACCUGUCACCGGCUCCACUGCCUCCUCCACCGCCCAUCACCGCCAUCUUCUUCCUUCUCCCUUUUUCUCAAACCCAUUCUCAUCUCCACCACCACCGUCUCCACGACUCCAUUCAUCCCACGCCGUAGAAUUAUCUCUCCUUCCGUUCCUUCCCUCCCUUCUCGUCCUCUCUUCUUCUGCCACUCUUCCACUGUCUCCCACUCUCCUCCUGCCCCCAAAGCCUCUUUACAAGAAGCAGAAGAAACCGAACAACUUGAAAUUCCAGAAGAUGAUGAUAACGAUAAUGGUGAGGAAGCCGAGAUUGAAAUUGAGAACUUGGAUAAUAAGGAAAAUGCCCAGGUGGGUUUGGAGUCUUCUUCGGGUUUGAAGAGAGAUGGGGUCAAGCCACCAAGCCUUACGGUGAAAGAAAAGAAGGAACUUGCGUCCUAUGCUCACAGCUUGGGGAAGAAGCUCAAGUCCCAGUUGGUGGGAAAGUCCGGUGUUACAGCCAGUGUUGCAGCUUCUUUUGUAGAGAAUCUUGAAUCCAACGAGCUUCUCAAGAAGUGUUUACAUUUUUGGUUUCUCAAUUUAGGGAGUAGAAGAUUGUUGAUUCUGAUAUUUAUGGAAUGCAUAUGGGGUAAAAUACAUGGAACAUGCCCGGGAGAGCUAGACGAUGUGGUGAAACAAUUGGAGGAAGCAACUGGUUCAGUUAUUGUUGGUCAAAUUGGUAGAACAGUGAUUCUAUACAGGCCCAGCCUCACCAAGUUGAAAGCAGAGGAGAAAAGGCAGCAGAUGCGGAAGGUAUUUAUGAGACGAAAGACGUAUUCGAGACCCACAUCAGUGGAAUUUCAGAAAAAAGGAGAAAGACCAAGAACGUUUGGGCGUGAUAGCCGAGGAAGAACUAGGGUCUAA